AGGUUUGUAGAGUAAGCUAAAGCAAUCUAUGAAAUAGGGUGUUUUUACUUUUAGUUAUUUUAGCGAAGACAAAAAAAUGACAACUAGUUCAGCUCAAGGUUCCACCGAUUGGUGCCAGCAAGAGAGUGAGAGAGACACACCAAACGGAAAUGAGAAAUCCUCCGACGCAGCCACCAAAGCUUAUCCAACACCAACAGCUUUGUACGACGACCUUGCCCGUGAUUCCAACCUCUUUUGGGAUAAGCUUGAAUCUUUUCAUAAAUCAUUCGGCACUAAAUUUAAGGUUCCCACCAUAGGAGGAAGGCCACUAGAUCUAUAUCGCCUUUUCGUGGAAGUAACAUCUCGUGGUGGUAUUGAAAAGGUAAUUGUAGAACGCAAAUGGAAGGAUGUGAUUGUGGGCUUCAAGUUUCGAGAGACUAUUACAAGCGCAUCAUUUAUGGUGCGCAGAUACUAUCUAUCUUUGCUUUAUCACUUUGAGCAAGCGUAUUACUUUCGGAAACAAGUCCCUCCUUCCUCAACACCUGAUCCUGCAAAUAGGAGUCUCGUUGAUAGCUCCACACCCUUUGGUGAAGCCGGUAAAACACAGCAGCUUGGUUCUGUGGUGCCUGGAACAAUUGAUGGGAAGUUUGAUGGUGGUUAUAUAGUUACAGUGAAUCUGGGUUCUGAACAGGUGAAAGGUAUUCUAUACCAUGUUCCCAUCAGUUUGUCCCAGAGUUCUAAUACUGUUGGUGUCCAUGGUUCACGGAAUCGAAAGAAAUCUAGAUUGGCAUUAGGCGAUCCAUCUCGGCCGAAGUCAAACAAGAGUGGCUACAAUUUCUUCUUUGCUGAGAAUUAUGCCAGGUUGAGGCCCUUAUUCCAUGGUGAAGAGAGAGCGAUUAGUAAGAGGAUUGGGUUUCUAUGGAACAAUCUAACAGAAGCAGAAAGACAGGUUUAUCAGGAGAAAGGGCUGAGAGAUAAGGAAAGAUACAAGACUGAAUUGUUGGAGCACAAGUCGUCCAAUAAUUGAACUACUCAAUAGACAAAUUCUCUUACUACGAAUGUGCUUUUAUCCCUUUCUAUAGUUUAGUUUUCUUUAACAUUGUAGUUAGAAAUACCCCAUGGAAAACUGAUGGCUAAUUAAUAGCCUUGGUGUAAUGUAGAAUAUAUGAAAUUUAAGAUCUUUUAUAGCA